AUGGAUAAAACGCAAGCAUUUAGGCUGGCGCUGCGACGGAAGGGUCUUGGCUUGGGAAUGGCAGAGGCAGAGCUUCUAAGGUUGACUUCAGCGGCCAUCUUGAAGCCCAUCGCUGGCAAAUCGGCUUUCAGCAAGGCAGCUGCCCAGGUGGCAGAGAACAUUGAGGAAGUAAAGUCUUUUGUCAGGAAGCAUAAGAGAGAAUAUACACAGCAAGGAAUUGGCUGUGCUGCUGAUCGAAUAGAGCAGGAGGUCGGCUUGUUUGUCAAGGCAUGCUCUGCACGAAUUGAGCAACUCAACAAGAUUGUGGCCACUGAACUACAGGAAGGGCGGGCGGUAAACCAUCAGAAGGGCAACGAGCAGACAAUGGCACACUGCCUUGGUGUGAGUAGGUCCUCAUAUUGA